GCGCAGAUGUUCGACACUGUCGGGUGGUUUGCUAGAGAUCUGCCUACGCUGUCUCGUGUCACCGAUGUGAUGCUGCCGCCGGUGCCAGCUGCCACCGACGAUGAUGCCGAGAUACGACGACGACCGAGCUGUGUCAUCAUUCCUGCAGACUGCUUCAAGAUCUUGGGCUCCUCUGACGAUGACCACACCUACGAGAUCCUCAAUGCUUGUGCGGCCAAGGUGUUCGGAAGUGAUGCAGUGGUGGAUAAUGGUAACCUUGGUGAUUUUGUCUCCAGCAACGUUCCGAGCAUCGGCAAGUUCAUGACCGAGUUGUCUGCGGUUGAAGCAUCAUCGUCGUGUGUGCCGGCUCUGUCUGCAAUCUCACGUGUCAUGCGUGUCCUUCAAAGGUCUGAAUUCAAAGCAAACCACGCGAACUGGGUGAACACGGUGAAGCCCAACCUCGGCCCUGGCAUCCGAGAGCGAGUACAGGAGGCCAUUGCGUCGGAGGAUGAAUCCGCCAUGGAUGAUCUUCACGCCGUCAGGACCGAAUUCAAGUCUGCACUUGCCGCUCUCCUCAAGGAGGAUGGCAUCCUGGCGAUCCCUACGGUUCCCGGCGCGCCGCCGAAGCUACGCAUGGAUGCGACACUGCUGGAGGACUUCCGGGCGAGGGCCUUCUCGCUGCUGUCCAUUGCCGGCCUCUCGGGGUUCUGCCAGGUCAGUAUCCCACUGGGCACCCGUGGCGGCGUCCCGGUGUCGGUCUCGCUGCUCGCGCGGCAUGGCGGUGACCGUUUCCUUGUCGCUGUAGCCCAAGAGCUCCAUGAGGCGCUCCAAGCCGAGGCCACAGCAACCUGGGGCUCAUCAGCUUAGCCUAAUUCCGUCAUAUCUUGCUGAAUUCUCACAGUACAGGAAAUUGUAUUGUAUGACUCUAUCUGAACAUAUGCAAUAUAUAUAGCGUGAAGAUCAUUGCUGA